UUUGAAAAAUGUCCUACAUCUGUUUUAGAGAACAAUGCGAUCUCUCCUGAAGAUGUUUCCACAAUCAGGGAAAUCGAUUGUCUUUGACAACUUUCCAGAUCCCACUGACACCUGGGAAAUCAUUGAGACAAUCGGUAAAGGGACCUAUGGGAAAGUCUACAAGGUGCUCAACAAAACUGAUGGCAGUAAAGCAGCUGUGAAGAUACUGGAUCCCAUCCAUGAUAUUGAUGAGGAGAUCGAAGCAGAGUACAACAUCCUCAAAGCUCUCUCUGAUCACGCCAAUGUUGUAAAGUUCUAUGGGAUGUACUACAAGAAGGAUGUGAAAUGUGGGGAUCAGUUGUGGCUAGUACUGGAGCUGUGCAACGGUGGCUCGGUGACAGACCUGGCCAAAGGCUUGCUGAGGAGAGGAGACAGAAUGGAUGAAGCCAUUAUUGCCUACAUCUUGCACGAGGCCCUCAUGGGCCUCCAACACCUGCACAUCAACAAGACCAUCCACCGUGACGUUAAAGGCAAUAACAUCCUGUUGACGACACAAGGAGGCAUCAAACUCGUGGACUUUGGUGUUUCAGCUCAGCUGACAAAUACCCGUCUGAGGAGGAACACCUCUGUCGGAACUCCCUUCUGGAUGGCUCCUGAGGUAAUAGCAUGUGAGCAGCAGCUGGACUCAACCUACGAUGCUCGUUGUGAUGUUUGGUCCCUGGGCAUCACCGCCAUAGAGCUGGGAGAUGGAGACCCACCCCUCUCUGACCUCCACCCGAUGAGAGCCCUUUUCAAAAUACCCAGAAAUCCUCCGCCCACCCUCCACCAGCCGGAGCUCUGGUCAGACGACUUUAACGACUUCAUCGGCAAAUGUCUGAUUAAGGACUUUGAGCUGAGACCGAAUGUGCUAGACCUGCUCCAGCAUGUGUUCAUCAAACAGAUUGUUGGCAGAGAGAAAAUACUGCAGAAACAACUGAUCGAACUCAUCGAUCUCAACCAACAAAUGGGAGUCAUUGAAAAAACAAGCCAUCACGGAAAGACAGACAGAAGCACAGACAGUAAUGACAGGCAUGAACGCAUCCACACUAAAAAAGGAAGCCACAUGAAGACACAGACUGACCCGGAUGAGGUGGAUGACCUUGCAACCCUGGAGGUGCUAGAUGAGAACACGGUCACCGAGCAGCUCCAGAGUCGCUAUGGAAGAGAUCAGAUUUACACAUAUGUGGGAGACAUCCUCAUUGCAGUCAAUCCUUUCCAUAAGAUGGAGAUAUACACUCCUCAGUACACUAAGAUGUACAUAGGAGCAAAGCGUACAGCUAACCUGCCACACAUCUUUGCUGUGGCUGACAUCGCCUACCAGUCCAUGGUGUCAUACAACGCAGACCAGUGUGUUGUUAUCAGUGGAGAAAGUGGAGCAGGGAAAACAGAGAGCGCUCAUCUGUUAGUGCAGCAGCUGACUGUUCUUGGGAAGGCCAAUAACCGGACGCUCCAGGAGAAGAUCCUGCUGGUCAACAGCCUGGUGGAGGCUUUUGGAAACGCCUGCACGGUCAUCAAUGACAACUCCAGCCGCUUUGGCAAGUACCUGGAGAUGAAGUUCACCUGCGGGGGAACAGUGGUGGGAGCGCAGAUAUCUGAGUAUCUGCUGGAGAAAUCCAGAGUCAUCCACCAGGCCAUGGGGGAGAGGAACUUCCACAUCUUCUACUACAUUUAUGCUGGCCUGGCUGACAGGAAGAAACUAGCCCACUACAAGCUCUCCGACAGCAAAACACCUAAGUACCUGUGUAACGAGCACAUUAAAUUAGGGCCUGACAUAGUGAGCAACACCUUCUACAAGGAGCAGUUUGAUGCAGUGGAGCAGUGUUUCAAAGUGAUUGGAUUCACUCUGGAGGAGCUGGGCAGUGUUUACAGCACUCUGGCUGCCAUCCUCAACUCCGGAGAUAUCGAGUUCUCUCCGGUUGCCUCGGAGCAUCAAACAGACAAGAGCAACAUCUCCAACAUUUCCGUCCUAGAGAACGUGGCCUCACUGCUGUUUAUCCGCUCAGACGAGCUCCAGGAAGCCCUGACCUCCCACUGUGUUGUGGCCCGGGGCGAGACGAUCGUCAGGCCCAACACGGUGGAAAAAGCGGCGGAGGUGAGGGACGCCAUGGGCAAGGCUCUCUACGGCCGCCUCUUCAGCUGGAUUGUCAACCGCAUCAACACGCUGCUGCGGCCCGACAGCCACCUAGGAGAGGAUGACAAGGGCUUGAACAUCGGAAUCUUGGACAUCUUCGGUUUCGAGAACUUCAAGAAGAACUCUUUCGAGCAGCUCUGCAUCAACAUCGCCAACGAGCAGAUCCAGUUUUACUUCAACCAGCACAUAUUCGCUUGGGAACAGGAUGAGUAUCUGAAUGAGGAGGUGGAUGCUCGGAUGAUUGAGUAUGAGGACAACCGGCCCCUCCUGGAUCUGUUCCUGCAGAAGCCCAUGGGAAUGCUCUCGCUACUGGAUGAGGAGAGUCGCUUCCCUCAGGCUACCGACCAGACCCUCGUAGAGAAAUUUGAAGAUAAUCUCAAGACCAAAACCUUCUGGAGACCAAAGAGGGUCGAUCUCGGCUUUGGUAUUCACCACUAUGCUGGAAAGGUGAUUUAUAACGCCGCGGGCUUCUUGGCCAAGAACAGAGACACACUUCCGGCCGACAUCGUCCUGCUGCUGAGGUCGUCAGAGAACGAGCUUAUUCGUAAACUUGUCACCCAUCCCCUCACCAAAACAGGCAACCUUGCCCACACCAAGGGUAAAGGCAUAAACACAAUGCGCAGCCUGCGGACCCCAACACGCACCAUCACCUUUGCCAAGCCGGGCGAGCAUGGAGACAUGCCUUACCACCCGAGAGAAACCACCAACAUGAGAACACAGACGGUGGCCUCCUACUUCAGAUACUCUCUGAUGGACCUGCUGUCCAAGAUGGUGGCAGGGCAGCCACACUUUGUGCGCUGUAUCAAACCCAACAACGAUCGCCAGGCCAACAAGUUUGACCGGGAGAAGGUUCUGGUUCAGCUGCGCUACACCGGGGUUCUGGAGACCGCCAAGAUCAGACGGCAGGGUUACUCUCACCGCAUCCUCUUUUCUAACUUCAUAAAGAGGUACUACAUCUUGGCGUUCCAUGCUCAUGAGGAGCCAGUUGUCACUCCAGAGACAUGUGCUGCAAUACUGGAGAAGGCCAAGUUGGAGAACUGGGCAAUGGGUAAGACUAAGGUUUUCCUUAAGUACUACCACGUCGAACAUCUGAAUCUGAUGGUGCAGCAGGCCACACAACGAAUCAUUCUGCUCCAGGCUUAUGUUCGAGGCUGGCUGGGAGCCAAGCGGUACCGGCGGAUAUUAAAAGAGCGAGAACAGAGUGCUCUGGUGCUGCAGUCAGCUUACCGAGGUCAUAAAGUUCGGAAGAGGGUCACUGAUGACAAAAACAAAGCAAAGUUUGAGGCCUUUAUCAUCCAGCUUCAGGCUGUUUGCAGGGGCUAUCUAGCAAAAAAGAAGUACAAGGAGUUGGUCGAUGAAAAGAACAAGGCAGCAACUAAGAUUCAGGCCCGCUAUAGAGGGCAUAAGGAAAGAAAAAGCUUCAAAAGAAAACGGGAAGCCAAAGAGAAAGAAAAGGCUGAGAAGGCCCUUAAAGAAAAGGAGGAACAAGCGCCUGAACCAGAGAAAAGCACAAAAGACGAAAAUGCCUCUACUCCAGAAAAUGAAGCAAAGAAUGAGGAGGAGGAAACUAAGGCUGCCGUGGUUCUCCAGAGCAACUACAGGGGCUAUAAAGAGAGGAAAAAGUUUAGGCAGAGAAAAAAGACGAUGGCUGGGGCCGAGCUAGAUGAUCAUACACAGGUGCCAGAUGAUGAAGAGCAUACAGAAGUAGCAGACGAGGCAGUGACUGAGGACUCACCAGCAGCAGAUGCUGGAAAAGAAGGGCAGGGAGAGGACAUGCAGGGGGAGAAUAAACAGGAAAAUGCUGCAGGGGAGGAGGCUGUAAACUUAGAGGAGGAAACCAAGGCAGCCACUGUUCUCCAGAGUAAUUUCAGAGGUCACAAAGAGAGGAGGAGAUUGCAAGAAGAUGGCAAAAUCCCAGCUAAGAAACAGAAAGGAAAAAGCCCGACUGGUGAAGAAGAAGCACCAACAGUGAUCAGCCCUACAGUUGAGGAAUCAACAAAAUCUCAAGAGGAAGUAGAUGUUUCUUCAAGUAAUGUCGAGUCGGAAGACCCAGACGAGACCAAAGCAGCUGUGGUGCUUCAGAGUAACUUCCGCGGCCACAAGGAGCGCAAACGACUCGAGGAGGAAGGAAAGAUCCCUAAGAAAAGGAAGGGGGAAAAAGAGGUUACACCAGAACCUCCAAAUGAAGAAGAAGAAGACAAAAACCUGGAUGGACUGGACGAAGAAAAAGCUGCUACUGUCCUUCAGAGUAACUUCAGAGGCUACCGGGACCGAAAGAAACUGAAAGCAGAGAGAGAACAACAGAGGAGCGCAAAGGAAGAAGCCUCAGGCGAGGAAAGUAAAGAGGAGGAGGAGGUGGUGGUGGUGCUGGAUGUUACUGAUGUAGAGAUUGAAUGUAAAGAGGGAACUAACGCUGAAAAAGAAAGACUGGAGGAAGAACAGGCUGCAGUGAAGAUCCAGAGUAAUUUCAGAGGGUACAAGGACAGGAAGAACUUGAAGGCCAACAAGCAAACAGCACAGAAAGAAGCUGAGCUACUACAGAGCUUUUCCAACCAGAUCUCACAGACUUCUCAGGACUUCGUCGCCCUGCAGCAGAAGUUGAAUGAGCCCACCCAAGCCCAUCAAUCAAGCCCUGAGAACAAUGGCAUGUUUGUGAGAGGAAAAGCAAUCAAUGGCUAUCCUCCCCAGGAUCACCAAUUGUCGAGGACUCCCCGCAGGACCCAGCAGCCAAAGACCCUGAACACUCCGGAGGACUCUACCUAUUACAACCUGAUCCAUCGGUCCGUCAAGGAUGACAAGCGCAAGCCCAGGAAAGCUGAUCCCGGGAAGCUGCUGGACGUAGACGACCAGUACUACCGGGGCCUGUCCACUAGCAGGUCCGAACCCUGCAUGUCCACAGAGGAAGCCCCCCGCUCACACAGCAGCGUGCCUGAGAGGAGGCGGUCCACGGACCGCAGGCGGUCCCUCCGGUCCGCGGACCGGAGAGCGGCUGCCGUCGAGACCAGACAGACCAGAGGGAGGGCCGUCACUGAGCCAGAGCCUCCCAAACCCGCCAAAGACAACAGGCGCUCCGUUCCCAGAUUGUCCUCCUCAGAGAGUCGGACUGACAACCCGUACGACUACAGACAUCUGCUGAGGAAGACCUCGCAGAGACGAAGGCUCAUCAAACAGUACUGA